AUGAAGGAGAUAAUCUUAUUGCUGCUCCUAUUGCACUUACAGAGUGGCAGCAUUGGAUUUAAUACUCCAGGAAAUCUCUGGACCACAGGCCAGGGUGGUGAAACCCAGACAAGCCACUCAGACUUGACUCCAUCUCUGACCACAACUGUGGGGUCAUCCCAUUCUGAGAUCCAAGCUGCCGAAGCGAGUGCCUCACAGGGACCUCCUUUUGCAUCUUCAGGCAAGACUCUGGGAAUGAAAGCAGUGAAGAAAACCUCCAAUCCUACAACCACUACCCCUGCAAGCCAGUCAAAUGGACACAGUGAAGGUAACUCUGACAAAGAUAAGAUGGGAAGCUCAUCUAGCAGCAAAGGGACAUCUCUACAGAGCAAUGCUAGACAGGUCCCUCUCCAGCAAGAGGUCACUGCAAGCCGGGAUACAGCUACAGGGAACAGAUCUCUCAAGCAGUCAUCCCACAGCACUGGUAUCACCAGCACCCAGCAGGAUGCCAACUCCAAAGCAUCCAGCUUUGAAACUACCAGGGGAAAAAACUGGUGUGCUUAUGUCCAUACCAGACUCUUACCUACAGUGGUAGUGGACAACCUGGAAACCUUCUCAUCAGGCAGAGCGAAGCCUUGCACUUGGCGUAUUGGAUCCUGUGCUCAGAGGUCCCAGACAACAACACACCAGGCCUACAGAAUCAAACAUAAAAUAGUAACAUCGCUGGAGUGGAAGUGCUGUCCUGGGUACAGUGGGCAAAACUGCCAACCCAAAGCUCAAGAACAACAAUCACUUAUACACAGCAACCAGGCUGAAAGCAGCAGAACUGUCAGUGAGAGGACACCAGGAGCUCCUCAGGACCCCAGUGGGCCAGCACUUACACAAAAAAUGAAUGAGAAGAUUAGCAGCCAGGAGAUGAAACUGACUUUUCUACAGAAGAAUGUUGACAGCAUUGCUGCUGCAAUGAAUGAUGUGAGCAAGAUGCUUUCUUCUCUAGAAGGCAAAAUCAAUGAAGAUAAGGGCAGAAACUUCCAGUCUUUUCUAAAAGGUCUCAAAUCCAGAAGUAUUAAUGAAUUAGUCAAAGACAUUGUCAGAGAACAUUUUAAAGUUUUUCAAGGUGAAAUGCAAGAGAGCAUGGCUCAAAUUUUCAAGACUGUGUCUAGUUUGUCAGAUGAUCUUGAAAAUACAAAAGAAUUAGUCAAGCAUCUGAAUGAAACCCAACAAAAAUUAGCUGAGGAGAAAGACAGUGGGCCAACAAAUCUUGACAUUCUGGAGCUAAAGAGUCAUAUGGUGCAGAUGAAAGAGGAAAUGACCCUCACUUGUGACAAGCCUAUGAAAGCUUUACAGGAAAAGCAGAAAUCCUUGGAAGAUAACUUGGAGCAUCAACAGUCAAGAAGUGUCGUUUAUUAUGAAUCUUUAAAUAGGACUCUUAGUGAAAUGAAAGAUGCUCAUGAACAACUGUUAUCAGCUGAACAGUCUUUAAGCCAAAACAUACCGUCAGCAGAUAAAGUCAUGGAGUACAAUGUUACACAGUACAUGUUCACACUGCAUGAGAAAGUAAAGAAACAAGGCAUGAUGGUGCUGCAGAUCUAUGAUGACUUAAGAGUCCAAGAUAGCAAGAUCAGCAAUCUCAGUGUUGCACUGGAAAUUCAGAGAGACUCUGUUCUGGGGGUCUGUGAUGACAUGUUGUCAGAGAGCAGAAGGGAUUUCCAAACACAGCUGGCAGCAACCCAAGAGAAUGUGCUUGUCCUAAACAAAAGUCUCUCUGACCUGGUCCUUCCAUUGGACAAUAAGAUGGACAAAAUGAAUGAGCAAAUUAAUGAUUUGUGCUAUGAUAUGGAGAUCCUGCAACCCUUGAUUGAACAAGGGGUACCUUUUAGUCUGACUUCAGAGUAUGAGCAACAACUCCAAGCUGAAGGAAUCAAUGAGAAGCUUGAAAACCUCACUACUGCCAUUAACAGAAUGAGUUCUGCAAUUAAGGAGCUUUCCAAAGCUCAGGAAGGACUUAAAAAUGAAUCUCAGGCUUAUCAGGAACUGUUUGAGAGUCGUGUUAAGGAAUGCUCCAUGGAAAUAGAAGAUGGAUUAAACAAGACCAUGAUAGUAAUAAACAGUGCUAUUGAUUCUAUCCAAGAUAACUAUGCACAGAAAGAUAUGCUACACGCUCUAAGAAGUGAGACUGAAGUCUGCUGUGGCAGAGCUGAGAAACUGGACAGCCUCCUGGCUUUCAUUCCCCAGUUCCAACAGUUGAAUGAAUCCCUCCGGACACUGCUCAUUGGCAAGACGUAUGAGUUCACUUCACAAGUAGCACCAUCCCUUUCUGAUCUUCCAUACAAGGAGUCUGACAAAAGUAUCCUCCACAAUUUCAGAAGAGUUUUCUAUAUUUUAAAUGAUACGUCGUCAAAAGUGGACAAUCAACAACAAGAUAUCAGCCGCCUGGAAGAAAAACUAUUUGACUCUGUGGAGGAAUCAAAGGACCAUGAGGUUCGCCUUCUGAAUGUGGAGUCAAAAAUUUCCAAGUUUUUGACGAACAACUGUGUCUCACUGAAAAAAACCAAAGCUGCCUCAACAGAGAAAGAACAAGUUGUCUCACUUCAGCUCCAGACACUGAGUUCCAGGAUCAAGGCCCUGGAAGCCAAGUCGAUCCGCUUCUCAAACAGCAUUCCACUUCUGAACAAGACUGCUCAUGAGGCCUGGGGGCUGUGUCAGGAUACCAACAGCAGCAUCCAAAAAGUGAAUGCGAGUAUACCUGUGCUAAUUAAACUUGCUCAGCCAGAUAUCCCCCUGCUGCAGAGAGGCCUCAAAGAGCUCAUUGAAUCUGUGCUUGAAAUAAAAGCAGGAACUAUCUUGACAAAUUUAACCCAGCAUGUUGACAUAUUGGUGGCAAAUGCAAUGAACAACAUCACCAAAUUUCAGAAGCAGGUGAAACCAGUUAUAAAGAAACCAGCCCCAAUGAAAAAAGGAGCGGCAAAUGUCACCAUGAGCCUGGCAAGCCGAAGUCAGAGAAAUGCAGAUAAUACUAUAGAUUCAGGGCAGCAUUCAGCUUGCGUCAGUUCCCCGUGCCAGAAUGGAGGAACCUGUAUCAACGACAGACAGAGUUUUAUUUGUGCUUGUCGCCACCCCUUUGGAGGAGUCAACUGCAGUACGAAGCUGGUGAACGACAAUUCUCUGAGUGUCGAUUUUUCAAAAGGAUCAUACAGAUACGCACCUAUGGUGGCUUUUUUUGCCUCUCAUACGUAUGGAAUGACGACUCCAGGACCCAUCAGAUUUAACAAUCUGGAUGUCAACUACGGAGCUUCAUUUGCCCCAGCAACCGGGAAGUUCCAUGUUCCGUAUCUGGGGGUCUACGUUUUUGAAUAUACCAUUGAAUCAUUUAGUCCCCGUGCCUCUGGCUAUCUGGUCAUUGAUGGAAUAGACAAACUCACUUUUCAGGCUGAAAAUAUUAAUAGUAACAAGUAUACCGACAGAGUAAUUACUGGAAAUGCUUUAUUAGAGUUAAAUUAUGGCCAAGAAGUCUGGCUCAGACUGGCAACUGGCUCUAUACCAGCUAAGUAUCCGCCAGUAACUACGUUUAGUGGUUACUUGUUGUAUCGUACCUAAGUCAGUCAUAAUGUAAACAGUUACCAUCAAAUCAAGCAAUCUGCAUGUGAAUUUAUCUUUGCCUUUAAAUAUUUUGUUUCUUCAACAGCAGUAAGUUUCUCAAAGUAACCAAUGUGAUGGCGUUUGAAGUGCUGAUUUUCCAAGAAGUUGCUUGGUUGUAGCUGUGUGCACAUCUACAAAGAGAGUCCACAGGUUGGAGAUGGGGGAAGAAUAAGCAUCUUCCUUAUAUAAACAUGUCUGGGAAGCACAAAUCUAAUUAUGUUCUACAUUUACAUUGCAUAAACAUACUUACACAAGGUUGCUGAAAAUCAGUUCUCAAGACAAAUCAAAGUUGGUUUUGAUUAUUCCUUUACAACCUGAGUGCAUACCAAAGGUGAUGGAUAGAUUUUGAUGACUUACAUGCUGGUUUAUGACUUAGCUCAUUGUAUCAAGUGAUAAUCAUGUGUAUAUAUUAUGUUUGGAAAAAAUGUAUUUCUUUUUCAUUUUGCCUGACAUUAUUCACCACAUACCUUGAUAUGUCAGCGUUUAAUUGAUUCAUGAUUUUUUAUGUAACCAGUAUGAUAACAAACUGUUUUUUUAUCUAGCAAAAAAAAAACCAAGAGGGAAUACUUAAAAGCUGCAUGUUGAUACAUUCAGAUUAGAAAUAAGGAGCUCAUUUUAGCAGUGAAUAUAAUUAGUCAUGGGAAAAACAUUAUAACGGAUUUGGUGGAGUCUCUCUGUUGCUUGAAGCAUUUAAACCACAGCUGGAUUUUCCUUAGGUGAUAUGUUUUUGAGCAAACAUUGUUAUAUUGGCUUCACACAGAUUUUAGCAUGUAAACUUUGGCCGAUAAAGUGCACAAGGUUAAAUGAGAUAAUCAUAGUACUUUCUAAGUUUGAGCUCUAUAAAUGUAUGAUUUUGUUUGUUUCUGCGUUAUAUUCAUUAACUACUGAGGCAAGAUGAAAUAAACUUCAGUCCCCAUAAACCAGAAUGUGAUUUCCAAGCACCAAUCCAAUAAAAAAAAAAUUUUUAGUUCAUGCUAUGACUGCCUGAAAAAAUAAACCCUCAGGUUUGCAUCCUUAUCAGUUGCGAAGUCCUGGGUUGCUGCAGUUUCUUGAUAUCCCAUCGGCUGGUGUGACUGACCAGGUUUGUGUCUGGUUAUUGCCUUUGUUAAUGCUAAUUGAUCAGGUUUUACGUCUCUGUGUGUUUGUUUCCCUCCUUUUCCUUAUCCUCCCAGCUGAAAAAAUAAACUUUCUCACACUCCACAUGUCCUUA